GAGUUUGCUGCAGCGGAGGGAGGUUGCGAUCCCAUUUCCCACAAUGCAGACAUCCCGUGUCCUGACGUCAGAUCGGCACAGAUGACAGCAGCCUGAGACCGUGGGGCUGGGGAUGUAGAGAGAAGGGCUUUUGUUUCCAGACAGCCACCCGGCCAGCCAGCAUUGUUCUUGCCUUGCGCGCUUAGACCUCUUGCAGAGGGAGAGGGAGAGGGAGAGGGCUGCAGGGGGUGGCUGAGAUGGGGACGGGGCGUUGCAUUAAGAUGCACUGAGACUGCGUUGGUGUACAUCUGACUGCUUAUUUUCUCUCUCUCUCUCCCCCCCCCCCCCCCAACACCCGGGGCGUGUAUUUAUUCCUCCCGCCUCCCCCGGUUGUAUUCCCCCACUAUCACUCACAAAGAUGAUGGAGCUAGACGAUGGGGUGGUUUACCAGGAUGACUGCUCUGUGUCGGUCAUGUCCGAGCGGGUCUCGGGCCUGGCCAACAGCAUCUACCGCGAGUUCGAGCGCCUCAUCCACAAAUACGACGAAGAGGUGGUGAAGGAGCUUAUGCCGCUGGUGGUCAACGUUCUGGAGAACCUCGACUCGGUCUUCUCUGAAAACCAGGAGCACGAAGUGGAGUUGGAGCUGCUCCGGGAGGACAACGAACAGCUCCUUACCCAGUACGAAAGAGAGAAAUCACUCAGGAAACAGGCAGAGGAGAAAUUUAUCGAGUUUGAGGAUGCUCUGGAGCAGGAGAAAAAAGAACUUCAGACACAUGUGGAAUCCCUGGAGCUGCAGAGUAGACAAUUGGAGCUCAAGUCCAAGAACUAUGCAGACCAGCUUACCAGACUGGAAGAGAGGGAGGCAGAGAUGAAGAAGGAAUAUAAUGCUUUACAUCUGAGACACACAGAGAUGAUACAAACUUACGUGGAACACAUAGAACGGUCCAAGCUGCACCAAGUUGGGGGAAAUGCCCAGUCAGACGGAACGAUGACUGGCAGGAACAAUCAUCGCCAACCAUGGAGAAAAAGUAGGAAGGAACGGCCAAAUACUUUGGGCCUCUUCCCAGUGUUGGAUGGGAAUCUGCGUGGACAGCAAGUUGGUCGCGUUACUCCUGGCUCUGAUAACUGGCAUCUCAGUGACUUGAGCCAUCCUCCAUCAAAUUGUAGCCUGAAGGAUGAUACAUCAGAAUCUGGGCAAUCAUCUGCUGCUGCCACCCCAAGUACUGCAGGAACUAAAUCUAACACCCCAACAUCAUCUGUACCAUCUGCAGCUGUCACUCCACUUAAUGAAGUAGUUAAUCCAAUCUACAACGGGGACACCAAGGUCAAGAACCAGCGAAAGCGGGCGAAAGGUAAUAGCAGAAACAUGGAGGUCCAGGUCACCCAGGAGAUGAGGAACGUCAGCAUAGGCAUGGGAAGUAGUGACGAAUGGUCUGACGUUCAGGAGAUAAUCGAUUCAACCCCAGAACUUGAUAUGUGUCAAGAUCCACGCUUUGAAGGACGUGGAGGCAACAGCCCCACACAGGGAAUUGUAAAUAAGGCAUUUGGGAUAAACACAGAUUCGUUGUACCAUGAGCUUUCCACUGCGGGGUCAGAGGUCAUCGGAGAUGUGGACGAGGGGGCAGACCUGCUUGGAAUGGGAAAGGAAGUUGAAAAUCUCAUCAUGGAGAACACUCAGCUUUUGGAAACCAAGAAUGCCCUGAAUAUUGUGAAGGAUGAUCUGAUUGCAAAGGUGGAUGAGUUAUCAAGUGAGCAGGAGGUGCUGAAAGGGGAGCUGGAGACUGUCAAACAAGCGAAAGCUAAGGUUGAGAACCGAAUGAAGGAAUUGGAGGAAGAACUGAAACGGGUGAAGUCCGAAGCUAUUGUUGCUAUGAACAACGAGGGCAAAGAAGAGCUGGAGGACGUAAGUGAUGAUGUACAGGUGGCACAGAGACGGCGCUUCACUCGAGUGGAGAUGGCACGGGUGCUGAUGGAGCGCAACCAGUACAAGGAGAGGCUGAUGGAGCUGCAGGAAGCUGUCAGGUGGAUUGAAAUGAUCAGAGCUUCUCGGGAGAAUCCAACAAUCCAGGAGAAGAAAAGGUCAGGCAUCUGGCAGUUUUUCAGCCGCCUCUUCAGCUCCUCCUCAACUGCUCAGCCAGCUAAGAGACCUCCAGUCCUUCAUUACGCUGCUCCCAACACCUAUGGUUCCUCUGGGUUCACCAAGCGACGGAGCCACACCAUCUCCCAAUUAUCUGCUACUGACAGAUCACGUGCCAUGGAUUUCCUGCCUGAAGUACAGGAAGUGCCUAAGGAGGAGAAGAAACCAGACACAGAUAAUGAACAAGUUGACUGCACAUCAAAUGCACGACGAGAGUUGAAACGUGAGCAGUACCGCCAAGUGAGGGACCAUGUCAGGAAUGAUGAUGGCCGACUACAGGCCUGUGGUUGGAGCCUCCCUGCAAAAUAUAAACAGCUGAGUCCGAAUGGCAGCCAAGAAGACAAUCGCAUGAAAAAUGUCCCUAUUCCAGUCUACUGCCGUCCUUUGGUUGCAAAAGAUCCGACCAUGAAGCUCUGGUGUGCAGCUGGUGUGGAUCUGACAGGCUGGAAGCCCCAGCGUGUGGAUAAUGGGAACGCGCUGGGCCGCUCACACAGCUGUGAUCCCUUAACCUCUGAUGCUGAAAAAGAUGGGAAAGCUAGCGGCGACCACAGUUCUCCCGACAAAAACAAGAAGGUCCACAGUGCAGAGGAUGUCUCCAGCCGAGUGUGGAUCUGCACCAGCACGCACUCUACCAGUAAAAUAGUGAUCAUUGAUGCCAACCAGCCUGGCACCAUUAUGGACCACUUUACAGUCUGCAAUGCUCACGUUCUGUGCAUUACUAGCAUCCCAGCUGCAAGUGAGAGUGACUAUCCUGCAGGAGAGAUAUUUUUGGAAAGGGACUUGAAUCCAGACGAUUCUGGUGGAGCAGAAGGAGUGUUAGCAGGAAUUACCUUGGUCGGGUGUGCGACCAGGUGCAAUGUUCCUCGGAGCAACAGCACAUCUAGAAGUGAUACCCCAACGUCUGACAAAGGACAAGGUGAUAUGGCUCCUCUCAAAGGCGGGAAGAUCAACCAACCACAAUCGGCUGAAGAGGCCACUGAAGCAACGGAGGCGACAGGGAACGGUGUAACUGAUGCUGAGCCAGCAUUGGCUCGGCCUAGUGCCUACACAGAACAUGUGUUCACAGACUCCGCACCGACAGAAGACCGAACUCAGCUCAGGGAAAAUGGACAAAUCAAGGAAGAACAGAAUGCAGGCCAGUCAGAACAGGAAGCAAAUGUUCACACCAAUGGGUCAAUCACAAGUGCAGCCCCGACCAUGUGGCUUGGGGCACAGAAUGGCUGCCUUUAUGUACACUCGGCUGUGUCCAACUGGAAGAAGUGCCUCCACACCAUCAAGCUGAAGGAUGCAGUCCUUAGUAUUGUACAUGUGAAAGGACGUGCUUUGGUGGCUCUGAAUGAUGGCACAUUAGCUAUAUUUCACAGAGCUGAAGAUGGUCAGUGGGAUCUGAGUAAUUACCACCUUAUGGACCUGCGGCGUCCAAACCAUUCCAUCCGUUGCAUGGCUGUGGUGCAUGAUAAAGUCUGGUGUGGCUACAAGAACAAGAUCCAUGUCAUUCAGCCUAAAACAAUGCAGAUUGAGUCUUUUGAUGCCCACCCAAGAAGGGAAAGCCAAGUGCGGCAGUUGGCAUGGAUUGGAGAUGGGGUCUGGAUAUCAAUUCGCCUGGAUUCUACCCUGCGCCUCUAUCACGCACAUACACAUCAGCAUUUACAGGAUGUUGACAUUGAGCCUUAUGUUAGUAAGAUGUUAGGAACUGGAAAAUUGGGGUUCUCCUUUGUGCGGAUCACAGCUUUGCUUAUUGGCGGAAACCGGCUUUGGGUAGGAACUGGAAAUGGAGUCGUUAUCUCUAUCCCAUUGACUGAAACUGUAGUUUUGCACCGAGGUCAACUGUUGGGAUUCAGGGCAAAUAAGACAUCACCAACUGGCAGUGAAGGAACCCGUCCUGGUGGAUUGAUUCGUGUAUAUGCGGAUGAAAGCAGCGACAAAGCCUCAAUUGGCAGUUUCAUCCCAUAUUGCUCCAUGGCUCAAGCCCAACUCUGUUUCCAUGGACACAGGGAUGCUGUCAAAUUCUUUGCCUCUGUGCCGGGUAACGUUCUGGCAACAUUGAAUGGCAGUGUGUUAGAUAGUCCUACAGAGAAUCCAGGACCUACUGCCCCUGAGCAAGAGGAGAGAAAACUACAGCCUGUUUUGGUUCUCAGUGGAGGAGAAGGCUACAUUGACUUUAGGAUUGGUGACGGUGAAGAUGACGAGACAGAUGAAAGUUUACCUGAUGGAAUCAGACCAGCUCUCUCCAAAGCAGAACGAAGUCACAUCAUUGUCUGGCAGGUGUCAUAUAUUCCCGAAUAGGAUGACCCUCCUACAAAUCCUACUUCCUGAUACCUGCGGAUCAUCUGUAUGUACAUAAGAUAUCCCCUGCAUUGUACUUGUCCCUAAAGAAAGCCACUGAAAAUCUAGAAUUUCUGUAGCAUUUCCAUGGUAUCUCCACUUUGGAACUACUCAUUUGUUGAAAUUUGCAACAAUCCAAAACAUUUUGGAUUCAACUUAAAAAUGGAAUGUUAAAAUAAUUUAAAAUGGCUAACUCUGGCUUUUUGGAGACUGAAAUCUUAUUCACUUUGACAAUAUUUGUUGCUGUGUCAAGCACUUACCUUUGUAAUUAGCCUGUCUUUAAAACAUGAAACCAAGAAUGCUACCAUAUUGCAUGCCAGAUAUUGAAAUAAUGUCAUUGGGCAACUUUCAUGUCUGUUCAUUUGUGCGUAACUUAAAGGUUGAUUUGUUUAUAAGUAGCAUUUACUUUCAUUGGUAUCAAUUUGUUCCCCAAAAUACUUAAUCAAAAAUCAUUACUGAUAAUGUUCACACUUAAAUCACAACUGCAAUAUUACUAGUUUGAGGUUCUCACGAGGUCCUACCUCUGUGACGGAAUCCAAAUGACAGGUGAUAUAAAAGGGCUAGAAUGAUGGAUAGGGAAUUUCAAAAACAGUGCAACAACUACGUACAAUAAAGUGCACAGAGACUGAGAAUAGAUGUAGCUCAGUUCCUUAUGUUCUAGGAUGCAAUUGAUGUAUAAUGACACAGGGAAGUGUAACUUUUUACUUCAUGAACAUUCAACUUACCAAUUCUUUUCCUAUCCACUCAUUCAAUAUUAAUGGCAGUUCCAGAAAGAGUAGUAUUACUUUAGGGAGAAAAGUGCAUUCACUUUCCAAAACAGUUUCUGUACAUGCUCGGUAGAUGGAAUUUUCACUGGAUUUUGUUGUAACUGUCAGCGUUCUAGUUGGCAUUGUAAAGGUUUGGUAGAACCAGCCAAUUCCUGGUUUAAUAUGCAACAAUAUUUGCAAAGUGAUGGGGAACUAUGGAAUGAAUGUUAACUGGGUACAUUCUUAUUCAUUUAUGAAUGUUAUGGAAAAACAUACUCUGGAGAUGCCAGGAAUUUAAAAAUUCUUAUCUCUUUCAACUAACUCUUUUGAUCAGUGGAAUUCCCCUUGUUUUUCUAAGCAGCUAUAUUUCUGUUAAGAUAAAUUGAAUUACUGUUCCAGGUUUAACAUAGCAAAGAUAAAAUGACAAGAUCAAGGAUACUGGUGGUAGUGUUCUGGAAGUCUGCCUUCCCUGGACAGCUCAAUGGAUGGUUGAAAGUUGCAAAUGAUUUGAGGUCAUCGUAAAUUUGAGCCCACUAGAAGAACAUUCAGUGAUCCAAGGGACAUAGAAAGAUAUCUCAGUAUUCAUCAGCCACCUAUUUGUCAUUUAUUUUCACCAUUUUACAAAACUCCAUGAUGAAUCUUCCAGUAUUAAAACAUUGACACACUGCAUGCUUUGAAGUUAUUUUGGCUACUGCCAGAAAUGACCUUGAGUGAAAGCACAGCACAUACUGUAGCUUAUACUAACUUAUUCAACAUUUCCUGUGGUAUUGACAGGGUAGUCAUUUUUUGUGGUGUAGGUGUACCCCAGUAGUUUUAGCAAUGUAAAACUAGCUUUGAUCUUGCUAGUAACAUCAUUAUAGGUACUGGUCAACUCCCUCUGAUUAAGAUUUAGGAGAUUAAAAGUUCAAAUUGUGAAUAACUUGUCAAAAAUGAACCUUUGGAGGUUAAGUGGUAUCUCUUGGUCCUUACUUGUUUUACAACCUUUGAGUUGGAUGGUGUAUUCUUUUUGGAUGUAAGGAAAAGGAUUAUUUCUAACCAAUGCACAGAUUGAUGUUGCACUGUGAAUUGUCUUUGCCUCAAGGGUGAAGGCCAGUAGUUCAAAUGUAGAGAGUAACAUAGGUCAAGAUUGAAAGACAGAACAUCUACUGUGCAAAGAACACUAAGUUUUCAGUUUCCAUCUAAGCCACAUGGAAAUAUUAAUAAUUGCACAUGAGAAUUGAGUGGCCUCCUAUGACCUCCAUAUAUUAAUGUUGGCAUUUAGGAGACAGUUGUCCUGGGUAUAAAAAGGAAAACAUUUGAGUGUGGAAUGAAGAAAUUAUGUUUUAAUUUCCUGGAGUAUGUUAUAAAUGUUAGUGAAAUCAAAGCCCUUUCAUACUGUUAUUCAUUCUUUGAAUGUCCAUAUAACAUUACAGGAGUAUUCCAAUCCUACACCUCAGUGUAAUGUGUAAUAAUGGGGUUAUUUUGACCAGUAACAAGUUAUUUUAAUUGUUCUAAUGAGGGUGUAAGUAGAAAUGAAUAAAUUUUGAAUGAGCUGGCAAGUACAGCAAUGGGAACUAAGAAGAGAAGCAAAAUCAUUGACAGAUGGGAGAAAAUCUGUCUGCUGUUCUUCAGAAGAACUCGCAUUUACCAACACUUGGCAGGGUGGGAUGAUUAAUGCUGGUUUGGAAAUCAGCAAGUAUGAUUAUUUUUUCUUCUGGCCACGAGUGCAUUAUAUUUUAAAAUAUAUCUGGUUCUCAUCUUGAUUAGGUGGUCAUUUUACUAAGUCUAUAGAUUAUGGCUCCUCUGGACAUCCAGACCAUGUCUUCUGCCAGUAGCAAUUUGAGGUUCUUCUCAUCAUGUAAAGUAGCUCCUGUGUAUUACAGUCUUGAGAAAAAUGACACUGUCGUCUGAACACUGCUGUUUCACAGCAGAGUCCUGUACAAAAUGCUGCUUGGUGUAUAAUGAAAAGGUCGGGUUGGGUGUACAGAGAGGGUUGGCUAGUGUAAGGAUACAAUCUGAGCUAAUUUCCCUGUGCAAUGUAAUUUAACAUGUAACUGUUCCAUAUGUAAUAAACAUUCACAUCAUGAAUUACUUGUUGCAGUAUUUA